GCGCUCGGAGCCACCUCGUGGGCGGCGGCGGCGGCGGCGUGAGGUGUCAGUGACGCGGGGCCGCCAGGGCAGGUGGGGUGCGACGGGGCGGGGCGCCCGCGGGCUUCCCCAGGGAGUGGGCUCUGGCCGCUGUCGUGCGUCCCUGCGGAGCGCCCCGAGGGACGGUGAUUUAUGUGCGCGGAGAAGCAGGAGAAAUCCCCUGCACAAUGUAUCUUUCUCCGCCUGCACAGCCUUGGUGACUUCCCAGCCCCAGGGAGCGUAUUUUGCCUUCUCUGUAAGGCUUUCUGUGGAUUUCAUUAUCAUUCGCUAAAUACGUUUCAGCUCGCUCUUUAUUUCAGUCUGCCUCUUCCAGACCUUUGUUGCUUUCUCUCCGCAUGUAGGAAUUUGAGUGAUAAAUCACUGCGGGAAUAGAUGGGCUCCCUUGCCCUCGCCUUCAUUGUUCUCCCCAGCCCCACCAAGUCAGGUGGAAGAGCUUGGGAGGCUCUCGCUCUCCCACAGCAUCCUGGCUCUCCUGGUGGGGACCACGAAGGGUGGCAGGUGCCCUCGAGGCGGGCGGUGGGAUCCGGCAUGUAGUGAACUUCGUAAAUAGAAGGUUAGCCUUUGUGCUCUGUAUCACACACCUUGAAAACCAGGAGGUUGAAAGAAAAACGUAAUGCGAGAUUAUGUAGGAAUGGCAGGAAAGAGGAAGGAAACCAGGUUGGUUGAUUCUGGUUCCUUGCUUCUCUAAUACCAGAACCUUUAGAUUCCCAGUGACGUUUGGCACACCUGAGGAGUUCUCUGGGAGGACAAGUGGGGAGGGGGCCACAGGGCACGUGGAGUUAUUUUUAGUAUAAUCUAGAUGGUCUAUUACUUUUUGUAGUCCCUCACCCCCAUAGUCUGUUUUUAGAUGGAAAUGUUGGGUGCAGUAGUUUUGGGAUAAGGUUCUAGAAAAUCUUCAGAAAAUUCCUGGAGAUUUAAAAUUAGUGUUUAACUGGAAAGAAUUCUUAGGAACCCAGAGAGGCACCCAGGACUGUAGCCUCUGUUAUGCACAUGUUGAAAUAAACUGCCGCAUACUUAAGUUAUAUGAGAAGUUUGGAGAAAACCUGUUUCAUUUUGUAAAGACGUGCUCUGGGUAUACGUUUGGCAUCGCGUAGAGUGGAAACCUUUAUAUUUCUAUAAAACAGACGCAAUCAAAUGUGUGUUGUUUAACUUUCAUGCAAAAACUCGGAUACAGUAUUUGGGAAAACUGUCUUUGUUUGAAUAGUCAACCAGGAAAACCAUUUGCUAGAAGUACUGUGCUGUUGUUUGUGUAGGAACUCACUUGGGAUGCUUUGAUUGAUUGCUGUGGUUCUCAUCAACCUCCUCUUCCCUGCAAAGUACUUAAACAGCUCUGCCUCUCAAGUGGGAAGUACAAAGAACCCUUAGGAUUUGGAGCAUACAGAUUCAGCUUGUGCAGAUUGCCUUCUAAAUCUGUCUUGUGCCUUGCCUUCUUUGCAGGUGGUUUGACUUUUCAUAAAAGGAAUUAAGUUCAUUUAAGAUAGGGCUCCCCCAACCCCUUCCUCAAGAUACAUACAGACAAGGCAGGAAAAGGAAUUUCUGUUACAGGGAUUUGCUCUGAAGAGGUCAGGUAAAAAUUAAUAGCUGGGUCUCAUGCUUCCCAGUGAUUUUUUCCACUUUGUCUGCAUCCUUUCACCCUUCUAGACAAUUUCACUUGUGGCUUUGGUAAAAUAUAAACUGAAGUAAAAGUUUACUCUUCCAAAAUGUUUCUUUUGUGAACAUGAAUCUUAAAGAUUGGUGAUUGUUUCUAAGUAAAACAAGGAAAUGAUUUCACGAAUAAACUAUUAGGGAAGUUAAGGAGGGGAUAGGAAAUAAAAAAAUAAUGAACUGGAAAUUUGUUGGUUUAGUGUGCAGUUAUAUUAGCUAACACCCUAUGAUCAGCAUGGGUGCUCUGUAGAGCAGAGAUAAUGUAUUAGAAGUGUAGGUGAAUUGCCCACCAGGUAGUCUUCAGAGAAAUGAUCUUACUACUUAAUGCAGGCUACUUAAAUUAAAAACAGAAUUUGGAAUCUGGUUGUGAAUAUACUGCUUUGAAGGACUUGCUUUGUAGUGUUAUUUUGAUUGGCACUUUUUUCAAGGAAGUUUAUUAACUUAUGAAAUUAAGUUUUACAUUGUACAUUAAAGUUCUAUGUGAUAUAUUUUUGUUGUGUAUUUUUCAUGAGUACACUGGUUCACAAGAGGAUAGGAAGGAGGGCUUUAUUCGAUUGUUUUCUAUUAAAAUAAGGGAUAGUCCAUAGAAUAUACUUAAUGUCACUUUUAAGACACUGGGUUACAAUGAAAUGAAAACCUGGUGUGUUAUUUUUUUUUUUUUUUUUAAUCCUUCAGGUUUUCUCUCAUUGUUAGUGCUUUUUCCCUCCCAUUGUUGGGUUUAAAACAUACAGUAUCAUUGUCAUCUGUCCCCUGAAUAAUGGUCCUGAGGUGAUAUUAUUAAUGUGGCUUUUUAAAAUCAAACUAAUUAUACUUGCUUAAAAGAGCCACAUGUGUGUGAUUCUAGCUGCCUGGUGCCUUUUGAGAGCCCUGGAGACAGGCUAGUGAAUAGAGCUGAAAAUUCAUUCUGUAUUUGAUUAAAUGGAACAGACUCACAGCUCCUUACCCCAGCAGGGGCUAUGAGAUCUCUUGAUCCCCGAAGCGGCUCCAAGACCCUGGGAAUUCCAUUAGCGAGCACCUGAGGAAUUUCUGCCCUGCAGUGCCUUUUUUUGUAUGUGUGGAUGUGGGGUGUGUGUGUGUGUGUGUGUGUGUGUGUGUGUGUGGAGCGGAGCACAGUGGUGAUUGGGAGGAGGUGGGAGGUGGAGAGAAGGCUGUUUCAGAAGGCUCCAUAUGUUAGCAGAUCUGAAAUCAAGGCAUGACUUAACAGCUUAUCUUGUAAGAGAAAAGCCCAGCUCAAAGGCACAUUUGCUAGUGGAGACUUAAUUAUAAGCAGGAUUGUGGUGAUAUGUGUUUAGCACUGAAGUGAACCCCAGUGUCAGAAGAGAAAGGUACUUGUCUGCUUUUUACUCUGUAGCACAAGCAUAUACACGUUGAAGACCUGUGAGUGAAGGCCUGGGUCUUCUCUGGAAGUCGGUCUUUCUGCCUCUGUAAUCGGGCGCUAUGCAUCCAGACCCUGGACCCUUAUGGACACUGCUGUAUGUUAUCCUUAAGAUUCUGUGUUCUUCUGUGAGCUCAGACUUGGCACCUUAUUUUAUUUCUGAGCCGCUUUCUGCUAUCCAGAAGCUUGGUGGACCUGUAACACUACAUUGUUCUGCUAAACCUGUGACUGCUUAUAUCUCCUGGUUGCAUAAUGGAAAGAGAUUGGAUAAAAACACAGAACAGAUGGAGCUUCAGCGGGGGACCUUGACGAUUCUUUCUCUUAACCCCUCCCUUUCGGGGUACUACCAGUGCAUUGCCAACAAUAGCAUAGGUGCAGUUGUGAGCAGCCCUGCAGCAGUGUCUAUCGCAGUUCUUGGUGAUUUUGAUUCAUCAGCAAAGCACAUUAUUACAGCAGAAGAAAACAGCACUGGUUUCAUUGGCUGCCAGGUACCAGCUAGUAACCCCAAAGCUGAGGUGCGCUACAAGAUCCGGGGAAGGUGGCUGAAGCACUCCACAGGGAAGUAUGUGAUCCUCCCAUCAGGAAACCUUCAGAUUCUGAACGUAUCCUCAGAAGACCAAGGGUCAUACAAAUGUGCGGCUUAUAAUCCUGUCACCAAUGAAUUAAAAGUUGAGCGUAUCAGCCAGAAGCUCCUUGUGAGUCGCCCUUUGGCAGAUGGGUUUCGAAUUCUUCACCCCACCCUUCCCCAGGCACUAGCUGUUCCUUCUCACAGCCCUGUAACUUUGGAGUGCGUGGUGACGGGGGUCCCGGCCUCGCAAGUGCAGUGGCUGAGGGAGGGGCAGGGCGCUGUGCUGGGCAGCCACUGGAGGCGUCUGUAUUCCCAUCUUGCCACUGCAAGCAUCCACCCAGCGGACUCUGGAAACUACUCCUGCGUGGUGGGCAACAAGUCUGGAGACAUCAAACAUGUCACCUACAUGGUUAAUGUGCUUGAACAUGCUUCGAUUUCUAAAGGACUACAGGAUCAAAGAGUGUCUCUAGGAGCCACAGUACAUUUCACCUGUGACGUUCAUGGGAAUCCAGUCCCCAACUGCACCUGGUUUCAUAACGCACAGCCUAUUCGUGCUUCCCCACGUCACCUCAUUGCAGGAAAAGGGCUGAAAAUCACCGGGGUUACCAUGGAAGAUUCUGGGCUGUAUCAGUGUGUAGCAGACAACGGGAUUGGAUUUAUGCAGUCCACUGGAAGACUUCAAGUUGAACAAAACAAUGGAUUCAAGCCAGUUAUAAUCACAGCGCCCACGAGUGCAGAGGUGGCAGCUGGAGACUUCGUCACACUGUCCUGCAAUGCCACCGGAGUGCCAGUCCCAGCCAUUCGCUGGUACGGCAGUCAAGGGCUGAUAACCAGUCAUCCAUCGCAAGUCCUUAGGUCCAAAUCCCGAAAGUCACACUUAGACAGACCUGGCGGCCUUGACCUGGAGCCUGUGUACUUCAUCAUGUCCCGAGCUGGCUCAAGCUCCCUCUCCAUCCAGGCUGUCACUCGGGAACAUGCCGGAAGAUACAUCUGUGAAGCGGCCAACAAUCAUGGCACCACACAGUCAGAAGCGUUUCUCACAGUUGUUCCUUCUGAAACAGAUACAAAAGAGGGAAGAGCUGUGACUCCUGAUGCUAUUCAGAGUGAUGAAAGAGACCAUAGAGACAGUUCAGAAUCUGGCUUGUUGAGUUCAUUUCCAGGGAAGGGACAUCCUGGUGCAGUGCAGUCAUCAUCAGAAAAAAAUGCCAGUGGCGGCUCUGUGCCUGAUGCCCCCAUCAUCCUGAGCCCCCCACAGACCUACACAGCUGACACGUACCACCUGGUGUGGAGGGCGGGCAAGGACGGGGGAUUGCCCAUCAACGCCUAUUUUGUGAAGUAUCGAAAGCUGGACGAUGGUGCUGGUGCUGUGGGGAGCUGGCACACAGUUCGAGUCCCUGGCAGUGAAAACGAGCUACAGUUAACAGAGCUGGAGCCCUCCAGUCUCUACGAGGUUUUGAUGGUAGCAAGAAGUGCCGCAGGCGAAGGACAGCCCGCCAUGCUCACCUUCCGAACCAGCAAAGAGAAAACAGCAUCAUCGAAAAACACUCAGGCGUCCUCCCCGCCUGCAGGGAUCCCUAAGCAUCCUGCAGUUUCAGAGGCUGCGAAUAGCAACUUUGGAGUGGUGCUGACCGAGGCCUCCAGGCACAGUGGAGUUCCCGAGGCCCCAGACCGGCCAACUAUCUCCACGGCAUCUGAGACCUCAGUCUACGUCACAUGGAUUCCCCGGGCAAACGGUGGCUCUCCCAUCACAGCCUUCAAGGUGGAAUACAAACGGAUGAGGACCGGCGAUUGGCUGGUGGCAGCGGAAGACAUCCCCCCUUCCAAACUUUCUGUGGAAGUUCGUAACUUAGAACCAGGUUCAAUAUACAAAUUCAGGGUCAUUGCUAUCAAUCACUACGGGGAGAGUUUUCGGAGUUCAGCGUCUCGUCCUUACCAGGUGGCUGGAUUUCCCAAACGUUUUUCCAGCCGACCCAUAGCUGGGCCUCACAUUGCAUACACAGAGGCCGUUAGCGACACUCAGAUCAUGCUCAAGUGGACGUAUAUCCCAUCAAGUAACAAUAACACUCCCAUUCAAGGAUUUUAUAUCUACUAUCGACCAACAGAUAGUGACAAUGACAGUGAUUACAAGAGGGAUGUUGUAGAAGGUUCAAAGCAGUGGCACAUGAUUGGCCACUUGCAGCCAGAAACCUCGUAUGACAUUAAAAUGCAGUGCUUCAAUGAAGGAGGAGAGAGUGAGUUCAGCAAUGUGAUGAUCUGUGAGACUAAAGUGAAACGUGUCCCUGGGGCUUCUGAGUAUCCCAUCAAAGACCUGAGCACCCCUCCAAAUUCCUCCGGAAAUGGAGGAAAUGUUGGGCCUGCGGCUAGUUCCACCAGGAGCAGUGACAUGUUGUAUCUCAUUGUUGGCUGUGUGCUUGGUGUCAUGGUCCUCAUCCUUAUGGUUUUCAUUGCAAUGUGCUUGUGGAAGAGUCGCCAGCAGAAUGCCAUACAGAAAUAUGACCCCCCGAGGUACCUCCACCAGGGCUCGGACAUCAGCGGGCAGACUGUGGAAUGUGCUCCUCUCCCUGGAGCCACCCGCAUCAAUGGACACAUUCAUGCAGGCUUCCUAGGCAACGGCAGCCUCAGUAAUGGCUGCGCCCAUCUCCAUCCCAAGGUGCCCAAUGGUGUCAGUGGCUUGGUCAAUGGGAGCUUAAAUGGAGGACUCUACCCGGCACACAGCAACUCACUCUCCAGGACCCAUGUGGGGUUUGAGCAUCCCCAUCAUCUAGUAAAUGGUAGCGGAGUGUACACAGCAGUCCCUCAGGUGGAGCCUCUGGAGUGUGUUAACUGUCGAAAUUGUCGGAACAACAAUAGAUGCUUCACCAAAACCAACAGCGCAUUCAGCAGCAGCCCCCUUCCUCUGGUCCCAGUGGUAGCACCCUGCCCUCAGGAUGGUUUGGAAAUGAAGCCCCUCGGUGCCAUGAAGAUGCCCGUGUGUCUGGCUGCCAUGGUCCCCGACUGUGGCCAGUUACCUCUGGAGAGCACCAAGGACGGUGUGGUACCAGCAUCUACCCCACACCCCUGCUGUCAGGACAGUGUAAAUGGCAUCAACUCUGACUGUACAGAAGAUACCACGGAGUUCAGCAGAGGAGACAGCUGUGGCCAUUUAGAAAUGGAGAAUAAAAGUUUAAAUUGGAAUCCUCUUAGUUUGCCACCCACUUCAGGAGACUGUCCUGGGAAGAUGGCAGUGUGCUCUCCUCCUGGCAUUCCUUUAGACAGCUCAUCAGAGGUCCUUCAGCAACCCCAGGAAACCUGAGGCCGCGCAGACACCAAGUCCUGUUCCCUCUCUAGCCAGUGGCUGCACAGAACAGGCCCAGGAAUGAACUGUGGAAAGGACAUUAAUUCAAAUAACAGAAGAUCGUUAUUUAUUUUUUUGUAGUAGCAACUUCAUGUGAAUGUAUCUUAAAAUGUGUGUCCUUUUAUAUUUAUGCCUUAAAAUUUCCCUUCCCUAGUCCUUCUUUCUCUCUCAGUAGGAAACAACCUUGUUUUGCAUGGUUCAAUUUUCUGGUGGUGUUGGGUGAGAGAAAGGUCUGGCUGGAUUACUGCAGUCUGCAGAAAGAGACUCAAGGUAGGGGCUGGGGAUUUAGCUCAGCGGCAUAAGCACCUGCCUUGCAAGCAGGCAGUCAUGAGUUCAAUCCCUGGUACCGAUAAAAACCAAAAAAAAAGAAAGAGACUCAAGGCCAAGGGGAGAAUCAAGGCUUUACUGUCCCACUGCUUUAACACUACAUUAAUUUAUAAAACUGUCCUCAUGGGGCUCCUUUUGACUGAUCCUAAAAGUAGGAACAAACAAAAGACCGUAAGGUGCUGGCUUGCAGAGGAAGGUAUGUAUUUUAAGUAAAAAGUGUAGAGUUCAAGGGCCCUUCUUGGCAGAAACUCUGCAGUCUGAUACUCCAUAGUAGCGUGCUCCUGCGCCACCCCUCUGAGGACGGUUACUUCUUCCCUUCCAGCAUGGGCCCAGAAGACAUGCAUGCGUGUGUGUGAGUCAGUUUCUAUCACUCUAACGAAGUGAUUCAAAAAGUAAACUCGGAGAAUAAGUUUGUGCUGGCUCGCAGUUUGAGAGGCUGCAGUCCAUGCUCAGCUGACCUUGUUGGUUAGGACCACAGCAAGGUAGCACAUGAUGGUGGUCGCACACGGUGGGGCAGGAGGCGGGCAUCACCACUGAGGAGCAGAGAGGAGGAGGAACGGGUUAGGGUCUUGGAGUCUCCUGCAAGGCCAGGGCCCCAGUAACCCAAAGACCUCCCGCCAAUUCCCACCACCUCCAGAGGGUACCAUCGGGGGACCAAGCUUUUAACUUUCUGGGAAAACUCAAGAUCCAAACUAUAGCAGGGUAUCAGGAAGGACUUAAUUUAGAGGAAAAGGCGUUUUAGAGGGAAAUUUCCUGAUUUUUUCCUGAAUGCAGUAGCUGUAACCUAGCACUUAAAGAUUUGGUCAGCAGAGUUUGUGCGUCACAGCCACUGCUGCCUCGAGUGACAAGAACAUUGCAGCUGUCUGUGGAAGACUGUUCUGCUCCAUAUUAAAACAGACAGACAGCAACAGUAACAGCAGAAACCCAACACUGUAUGCCUUUCAUAGUGUAAGUGACCCUUCCUUCUUGAAUUGUGUAUCCCUUUGGGGAAAGAAACAAAAAGUUAUCCUCUUCAGGUAGAAUGAAGAAGUUCCAACAUAAAUAAGUAAAUUUAGUUUUCCCAGAAACUGCAGUGGGGUAGAAUAAUGGAAUACUAUGUUAAUCAGCUUUUCUAUGUAAUGCAUCAGUACUCCCGACGUGUGUCUAUGUCUUUUAUAAAUAGAACCGGUAGUGAAGAUGUGCAGUUAGGCUUGGUCUCUAUGCCAGAGUCCUCCUAGUGCAGGGAAGGGGAUCUGAGGCCACAGCCAGCUGCAGUGUUAGGUUGCUAUAAAAGCAGGUUCUACACUCCAGGUGUCCGAGCCUGUGGUGCUCGGGGCUUACUCUUCCUGUUGUUUAGAUGUGAGGAGCUUUGCCUGAGGGAUGGCUGCAGCCCUUGCUUCUGUGACUAGCAAAGGACAAAGUCUUGGUACACAAAAUACAAAAACGCAGUCAGUGUUUCCCCAUCCAGUUUCGGCAUUGCUGUCAAGGGGGGAGUUUCAGAAAAGCAGGGAGGAAAAAUCCAUGGGCCAGCAUUUUGGCUCAUGAGACAGAGGUGGACUUGCAUGAGCCUUAGGUCAGAAACUGCUUUUAAAGACUGAGUUUGAACGUGGGACUUGUCCAUGAGGAAGGGAACGCCGCCUUUUACCUUUAGGGCAAUCUCCUCGUGGACUGCUUUAUUUAUGUUGUUAGUAACGCUGUUUUAAGUGUUAUCCCUUUUAACUGUAUUUUAUUUAUAAAAAUGCCUUUAUAUAUUGAGAUAUAUAAAUAUAAAUAUAUAUAAUAGCCUUUAUAUUUAGGAGGUAUCAGUUCUCCCUAGGCACGAGAGGCUCUGAACUUUCAUGCCCCGCAUGGUCACUAGAAACAAUCCUACCAAACAUUGCUUCCCUGGGAAGGAAGAGGACCUUGGAUGGCAUGGGGCACAGCGAUGUGGAACCACUGAAUACUGGGCGCUGUGCAUGGCGCUUGGUCCUGUGAUCUUGUUAAUCCUCACAAUGAAUUGCAUCACAGGUGUGAAAACUUGUGGUUCACACAGUGAGCCGCAGAGCUUGAGUUGGAUCCUGGUUUAUCUGGAGUCUGUUUUGUACCAGGGAUCAAACUCAUGACUGCAUGCUUGCAAGGCAGGUGCUUACGCCACUGAGCUAAAUCCCAGCCUUAUCUAGAGUCUGUUUAUACUCCUUCCAUUUUUUCACACCUCUUUCCAGAAGCCUGAAGCAAGGUUCUCUGAUAGAACCAUCCUGCAGCGUGGACUCUGCUGUGUAGUUCCUCUGGGGCCCUGGCUACCUUCUGUCCCACCUGGUCAGAGUGCUUUGCUCAGUACUUCAUCUUCCAGUACCUACCAUAUUCCCCUCGAUACCCCAGCCACUCACCCACCCACCUCCUACCAGAGAAUCUGAUCUUCACACCACCCACCCGGCCUGACAUCAGCCGGGCCUCUGUAUGUCCCUUGGCCUAGAAUUCCACAUGAUGCUUUGUCAUCAGCAUUAAAAUCCCUACUCCCGUUACAUCAUGUCACCAUCUGCCCUUGAUGUUUGCUUUUAUUUAUGCACUGAUGAGCUGGUGAUAGGCACUGUACCAGGUUCGGGACAAAUCACAAUGUUCUAAAUCUUGUGAAGUGGGCUCUCAGAAGGCUUUGCUUAUUGAGUUUUGUUUUUAAGGAGUAAGUCUCUGUAGAUCACGAUAUCUAUAGCAGGCAAUCAUGUCACAUAUCUCAUCCCAAUUAUGAAACCGCCGUGAAAUCCCGCUUACUGAACUUGCCUGUGUUGCCCUCUUAAAGCAGUGACUCUGAGAUGCAUGUUUUGUAUCAUACGGAAAAAUGUUUUAUUCUCCUUGAAGUUGUAAUAUGUUUGAAAUUGUACAUAUUUUAAAUGUAGCUUGGACAGGUUUUAUUUUAUUGAUAUGAUUUUAUAUUAAAAGAGAAUGCUGCUCUCCA